ACUCAUACAAGUUGUGAGGUUCAUCUUACUUCCUGUUAAGCAAGCAAGGCAAACGAAAUAGACCGCCCUUUGUUGAAUGAACUAGUUUUCAAGUGCCAUGUAAGCUUCAAAGUGUGCAGACUCGGCUUUCACAAUUAUUUUAACUCCUGGGACUCAUCUCAGAACAGCUGCAUGUAGCUCGAAACAAUAUGACAAGCUUUGAAACAAUAUGUCAGCAGAAGUGCAUGACUGGACUUCAUCUUACAAAAAUUGCCACUUCAAGAACCACACAUUUACAUUGUAAGGUGACAUUCCAGUGCCUUGAAACAUCCCACAAGGUUUUCACCUCAUUCAGAGUGGGACAGAAUGGAGGAUGCUCAUGACAAAAGAAGUUCACCUGCCGCAAAUUAUGAAUAUAAAGUGGAGCAGCGUGCCGUGAAGCACAGAGAAAUCAGCCAUCGCAAUAACACAACAUCAUGUCGCAGUCCCACGAGAGAUCUGGACACGAGGUGGAUUAAAACCGAAAUGCAUCGCAAAAGACAGUUUGAGUUCUUCAAAAGAAGACCAGUGGACCAUGGCACAUACUCACUGUUAUCUGCAGUGCCAAGGCACAGAUACUCAAGGGAAACCCUGCAUGCACCAGAGCACAUGACACAAACCUUAACGCCAAUCAGACAGCCCUCGAUAACAAGACGAAAUAUAAAGCUCCAGAGAGAUGCUGUUAACUUUACAAAGCAGACAGUCUCCAUGGAUCCAGUGAAUGAUGAACAUGACCUGAAAUCAGACGAAUGGAAAGUACCAGUACUCAAAUCUGUCCGGCUUCAUGGGAAAAUUAAAAAGGAGCGAGUUCUGCUGAAAGACAUCACUCAGCUCUCAAACACCCAGAAGACAUUGCAAACAGCCAGCAUUCAGACUGAGUCUGGAUUUGUUACCGUCAAAGAAGCUGAUGUACACCAGUUGGCUGACUAUUUAGAAGAGGCCUUACAAAGAGAAGAGGCUCUUAAAAAGAAGCUCUCCAACCUCCAGAAAAGUGCCGUCGCAUUACUGCACUCUACAGAGCUCCUGUGGAAGACACGCUGUGAUGAGGACUUGCUAAAGAGUAAGAUCAAAGCCCUGGAAGCUCAGCUGCAGGUUUGCAUCAAGAAGGCUCCUCAGGAUGGAAUGAAAAAAGUGCUGCUAAAGAUUGAAAAACAGAGGGAGGAGUAUGAACAGAAGGCUCUUAAGGCUAUUCAGAGGGCAGAGAAUGAGAAGGCAGAAGCUCAGAGUAAAACGGAGUACCUUCAGGGGGCUCUGCAGACAGCGCAGGCAGAGUCUGAGCGGUGGCAGAGGCUGUGUGAGGAGCUGAAAGUGGGUUCGAGUCAGGCGAAGAAGAGGCAGGAUGAAUGCACCGAUCAGAUGUUACAGCUGCAAGGUCACUUGGAGCGUUCUGUGGAACAGGAGGAGAUGCUGAAGAAACAGAGUGAAUCUCUGCUACUGGAGAGAGCGGAGCUUCAUUCCUUCAUCUCAGAGCUGGAGGAGGAGAACCUCAACCUGAGAGAACAUCUACAGGAACUCACAGGACACAACUAUGAUCGGUGGAACAGUAUCACAGAAAUACAUGAAGAUGCUUUAGCCCCUGACCAGCUCCUGAUGACAGAUAACAGCAUAGCCAGACAACUGAGCGAGACUGAACACAGACUCAAAAUGAAAGAGAAAAAGUGCAUGGAGCUGCAGGGGGAUCUUGAGGCCCUGGAGCAAGAGUGUUACAGCUAUCAGUCCCGAAUGACCCAAUGUAGAGAAGAACUGAACAUACUGAAGGAACGCAAGAACAACAGCAGGAGUGGAUAUUGUGGGUCCUGGCUCUGUAUAGUUCUGUUUUUACUGCUUCUGAUGGUCGUGUUGGUGGCAGCCCUGUGGUUUCAUCAUCCACCUGCCAGAGAGCAGCUCCGCCAGUUUUACUCUGUCCUGGAACAGCGGAUGGAGGACUACCUCAUCCAGCAUGGAGCCUGCUUUAGGCCUGUGUGAUGAAAGCAAAACGCAAAGCCAAGAAGCUUCUAGAGAUUGUCUUUUUUUUGUUUAUAUUUAUUUUUUAUUUCACAUUUCCAAUAGAUUUUUAUACCAGAAUGUUUUUUAAAGUUAGCCACAUGUAAUGUCUGUUUUGUUUUGUUUACAGUUUUGUUUUAUGGUUCUUUGUAUAAGUAUCUAAAACAGACCAAACGGAUGUGUAAAAACUAGUGUCAAGUUAUAAAAUGAAUUUCUAGUGUUAAUACCUAAAUCUGUAUCUGAACUGUACAGUUUAUAACUGAUUAUUUGAAUUCGGUACAUUAUUGGAAAACGGUACAUUUAAAAAUCCAAACACGAUGGUAGUUCAACAGAUCAAGCCUGGAAUAAAUUGACUGUGUAACUAAGAUUUGCAAUAAGUAUUAAACAUGUAACAUUUGUA